AUGACACAGAGAGCUCGUCUGCUGGAACUCGAGUGGACGGCAGAACAGUCGAUGGCAGUACCAACCUCGCAAUUGACCAAAAAGUCUGCAUCGAAAAAGAUCAGGACAGUAGACAUAGAGGAGAAUCUUGAGACCGAGUCAGAAGCGUGCGCUAUUUCCCCUCAAAAGCUUCAGUCCGACUCCGAUGAGGGAACCGAUUCCUCUCACCUGGAGACUAAAAAGCAAAUUGAGAAACUUCGCCUUACUUAUGGCAAUGAAUGGUUAAAGACCGGCAAUGCCGAGAUGAUGCUGGGAAUCGAAUCGCCGCAGCCUUCUGAACUAGAGCGCGACAAUGCUCGUCAGCUGUUCAAUGAGUUCUUGGGGGAAUUUUCAGGUUCAUCAAGCAUAAUAGUUAAUUCUCAAGCGGAUCCUGAACAUCUCCAAAUUUUCUCUACUCCAGCGAAUAACGUUUUGUUAAAUACAACCUUUGACACCACUCUGACGGAUGCGAACGAUACAAGUGGGCUACAUUUUUAUGAGACCUGCACUGAAGGAGAAGUGACAAACUACGAUAGCAUCGUCAGCACCACAAAGGAAUUGCGGGCGGAGGAGUCACUGCCUGAUAAGCACGAAGAGUUUUUUAGGCUCUUUGCAAAUAGCUCAAGUGCUGGUCAAAAUGAGAACCUUCCGAAUGAGAAUACGGUGUCCGAUGCCGAAUCUGACGAGGAAACCUUCAUAGUCUAUCAUGAGCAAAAGCCGAGCGAUGCUCUUUUCACCAUAUCUUCAAAUUUUAUACGUGAAAGAGAUACGCCAACCGAAAGGACUAAAACCAAAUGGAGUCUAAAAAUACUGGAGUCAUGCGAGCGAGUAAAGUGCAAUACCUUACGAAUAAUAUUCGACACGAUGCGUAAGGAUAAACAGGAGAGAAUCUAUUGUGUUGAGAGUACAUUGUGUCGGGAACUGGAAAAGAAACUGCGAGACAUUCUCUGUCAGCGUGAUCUGAACGAAAUGAACAUUUCCAUUUAUCGCUGCGUGAGUUGUCUAACUCAAUUUACCAUUGAGCAAAAAAGCAAGCGACAUAAAAAAAAGGACUUGAGAUGUCUAGACUAUCGUAGUGCAUAUGUGGCCGAAGUAACUGAGUUGUCUUCCUCUUUGACCAAACAUUCGGAGGAAGUGGUGGCAGAGCACAAACAUUCCCCCCCAGACAUAUUGAUGGAGGAAACGCUUGUUGAGACAUUUACAGGGUAAACAAAUAAGGAAGAAAGCAAAAGCAUUGGUUCCGGCAAUUCACUAAGCGAGAGCAGCUCUUGCUCGAAAAUUACUAACUCGCAGAGCUCUUUUGACUCUAAUCAGUCCGUUGUGGGUAGCUCUAACACGGAUCGUGAUAUAGAGUUUCGGGCUAACGAAAGUGAUGUGGACAUCAUCUCCAAUUCGAGCCAGUCAAGCAUAGAGGUGAUAGAUCCAAACUACGCACAGAGCACUAGUCGCAAGUCCUUAGAAGAGCGCCAUCUGUCACAUCUCGAAACGAUAAGCGAUGAAAAAGGGCAAUCUAAAAGGUUCUUAGAUCGAAAGUUCGAUUUAAUUCAGGCGGAACAGGGUCAGACUGCAGCUCCCGUAUCAUUAUCUGUGUCCCAAGUUCCGCUCACAGAAGGCAGCUCGUCAGGAUCUAUUACCGACAGCAUUUGUACAACCUACGAGCAGCUGGGCAUUGAUGGGCCAACAAGUCUUUCAAAUUUGCUGCUUUCCGAAUCUUUAAAUAGUCAAAUAAGUAGCUCAAAUACGGACUCAAUAAGCCGUUUAAAAAGAGCUGAUGGAGUCAGCCUUUUACCGUUUGCAGCCGUAUUUCGUUCAACUAAUCUGCUCAUGUCCAGCUCAAAGAAGAUGGUAGACUCUGAAGCUAAUGUCUUGGGUACUCAGCCCUACAAAUUUAACUACAUUGACUUUGAUGAUAUCGAUCACCGUCUAAAACUCUUCUUCUACCAGAGCAAGUUUAAGGAGGAUGGUGAACAUUUUAAGUGGUUGGCAAAGGGACGCGUCUUUAACGAGCAGACCCAGGUCCUGGGAGAAGGACUCGUGGUGAUGUCCAACUGCAAUUGCUUUUUAAUGGAAUCCUUUGCAUUACCCCAAGACGAUGUGGCCAAGUGGCUUCGGCAACUCGUCAGAGUGUCGGUUAGUCGAUUAAAGGCGGUUGAACUGCUGCCCUGGAAGCUUGGAUUAUCCUUUACCUUAAAGGAUUGGGGCGGAUUUAUGUUGCUGUUGCACGACAUGCUUACGACCGAUAGCUUACUUCUUUUCUUGCGACAUCACCCUCUACCAGAGCAGUGCAAACUUAAUUACAAACCAUCCACCACUCUCAGCAAUCCGUUGCAAACUAUUGCAUCCGAACCAGUUAAAAUGUGCUCCCUGCUUCGUAGCAGCCAAUGGAUUCGUGAACAAGAGAAGAAGAACUUUGAACACUGUCUGCUCCUAAUAACAGAGUCACAUUUGUACAUAUCGGCAAAUUUAAAAUUCUCGUGGCUUUCAAACAAAAUUCCGGAUAAAUCCACGCAACCGGAACUUACCCUUACGGAUAAAAAAUAUGUGAUGAACUUUAGCGACGAGACCCAAAACAAGUGCGAGAUGUGGCAGUUGCUGUUCGAAACGCAUAACAAUUCCACGUGUUGUCUGAAUGUCAUCGGUAAAACAUGGGAGCAGCUGUUUGGCGUUCCAUUCAGCCUAUCUGAAACGUAGCAGAGCUCAACGCCAAGGAACCAACUAGAACGGAUUACCAUACAUUUCAAUUUAUUGUGCAAAGCUUAGAAUUGUUGAUCUUUAUUGACUACGUUAUUUAAUGUCACAUUAGUUUUCUUAACUUAACCUUCGUAUUUGUGAGUCGUUGGCUAGGUUUUUUUUAGUUAUGCAAAAGUGGUGCUUGCCGACCAAAUAAAUGUAAAUAUUUUAAAA